AUGUCCCACUUUGUUUCCAGUCACACUUCUCAUGACUUUGAUUCGCUUCAGAAUCAGCUGCUCCGAAGGCAUCCCGUUAACGAUAGUCCGGAAGACGACCACACUAACGCCGUAUACUCUGAUCAUGCCGACCAAGCAGCCAAUCGACCCGCUCCGACCAGUGCUCUAGCCAGCCGUCGUCGUCAUCACGACAACGAGGAGCCUCCCCAUGUUAGCCAAGAUAGCCGCAGUCAGCGUGCGCCUUCGCUCUACUCGCGACGCAACAGCCCAGAACUCGCCACGCCUGGCCCCUCUCGUCCUCGCAGCGUUGUUGCCAAUCUUGCCAUCGACGCCUCAUCCGCCCUUGCUCCCUCCCAACCGACCGAUUACUUUUCCAGCUCUGACCGCAGCUCUGACCGCUCACGUUCCGCCGCGUACCGUGUCGAUCUGGAGAGCGGCAAACUGAGCGGAAACCCUUUCGCUACCUCCACCGCUUCCUCUCCCAGCUCCAUCGUCGAUCAUGCCCAAACCCGCCCCUCGCAUCCAUCCUCAUCCCGCGCAAACUCUCCCUCCCCCUCCCCCUCCACUCAGCCUCUCCACCCGGACCAGCCUUACGACGUCAACGCUACCUCUAUCUCCAGUCUCACUCAAUCCGCCUCGACAAUACGUCCGCGUCGUCUUCCUAAAGGCGUAUCCUUUUCCGAUAACAAGCUAGGCCCAGGCGAAGACGGUCAUCAUGCGCGCAACGCAAAGCACUAUCGUCGUCCGCCUCGCUCCAACAGUGGUUUUUUGGAGCCCGAUCAACAUGCCCCUUCUUCCCAUCUCCCCCGCACAAAGAGCCUCGGCAUGAUCAGUCCCGCCGAGAUGGCCCCUCGAAAGCUCGGCACCUGGGACGGCGUCUUCAUGCCUGUCAGUCUCAACAUUCUCGGUAUCAUCCUCUUUUUGCGUUUCGGAUUCAUCCUCGGCCAGGCUGGCCUGCUAGGCGCCCUCUUUCUCCUCAUUGUCAGCUAUGCCAUCGACACGCUCACCGCUAUGAGUCUCAACGCUAUCAGCACCAACGGUCAGGUCCGAGGUGGCGGUGCUUACUACCUCAUCUCUCGUUCACUCGGCCCCGAGUUUGGCGGCUCCAUCGGUCUCAUCUUUUUUGCCGGACAGGCUCUCAAUGCUGCCAUGAACGUUCUCGGUUUCGUCGAGACGCUCACAGACGCCUUUGGCCAAAGCAGAGGCCCUUCCGGCUCUCUGCCCGAGGGUCCCUGGUUCUCCUUCUUCUACGGCUCUGUCGUCUUGCUCGUCAGCGCCAUCGUCUGUCUCGUCGGCUCCAAGCUCUUUGCGCGUGCCACCCUAGCCCUCGCCCUCAUCCUCUGCGUAGCUAUCCUCAGCAUCCCCAUCUCCUCCUUCACCGUACAACCUUUCAUCGACGACGAUCGAGGCGCAUACUACACCGGCUGGUCUUGGGAUACGCUGCGCGGCAACCUCUUUCCGCGCUUCACCUCGGGUGCCGCCGGUUCCUCAACAGGCACCCAAUCCGAAAACUGGCAGAGCGUCUUUGGCGUCCUCUUCCCCGCCGUCACCGGCAUCCUCGCCGGCGCCUCCAUGUCAGGCGACCUACGCAAACCAAGCAAGAGCAUUCCCAAAGGCACAAACUACUCGUUGCUCUUCACCUUUCUUGUCUACCUCAUCAGCUUUGUCAUCUUUGCCGGCACCAUCAAACGCGAGUCGUUUUACAUCGACGUUGGCAUCGUCUCCGACGUCGCGCUCAGCCCCCAGGUCAUCACUUUUGGCGCGCUCGCCUCCACCGCCUUUUCCGCUCUCAUGGGUGUCAUGGCUUGCGGCAAGGUACUUCAAGCCAUCGCCCGCGACAAUCUGCUUCCCGUGCUCGACGUCUUUGCGCAAGGCACCGAGGUCAGCGACACACCCAUCUACGCUGUCCUCGUCACCUACAUCUUCUGUCAGACCAUCCUCUUUGUCGACUCGGUCAACACCAUCGCUCAGCUCGUCACCAUGACCACCUUGCUCACCUUUGGCACACUCAGCUUUGCUACUUGUGCGCUCAAGGCCGGUGGUGCUCCCAGUUUCCGUCCGUCAUUCAAGUACUGGAACAUGUGGACCGCCGCAGGAGGCGCUGUCAGCUGUUUUGGCGCCAUGUUCUUCACUGACCCCGCCGCUGCCGGCGGCUGCAUCCUCUUUGCCGUCAUGCUCUUUGUCAUGAUCCACUUUUUCUCCCCGCCCAAGCCUUGGGGUGACGUCACCCGCAACAUUACCUACCAUUUCGUUCGCAAGUAUCUGCUCCGCCUCGACGAGCGCAAAGGACACGUCAAGUACUGGCGCCCCCAGAUCCUUUUGUUGGCCAACAAUCCCCGCAGCGAGUGGAACCUCAUCAUCUUUUGCAACUCGCUCAAGAAGGGUGCGCUCUACGUGCUCGGACACGUGCUCAAGGGUGAGUUCACCGACUGCCUCGCAGAGCUGCGAAAACAGCAGGUCGCCUGGCUCAAGCUCGUCGACCUCACCGGCAUCAAAUCCUUUGUCGACGUCGUCAUUGCCAAAGACGAGCGCGAGGGCGCCCGAAACCUCAUCCUCUCCUGCGGUCUAGGUGGCAUGCGACCCAACAUUGUCGUCAUGGGCUAUCCCAGCGACAUGCGUCACCCAGCCAAAGUCGCCAGGUCCUCGCACGGCAGUGGGCAUCGAAGCGAUGGAAGCGAGAUCACAAUACGCGGAUUGUCUUGGCCCCAACGCCAGCACCGUGCCGUCGACAUCGGCAGUCUGCCCACAGACGUAGCGCGAAAGGAGACUCCGAUCAAACCCACCACCUACGUCGGCAUCAUGGAAGACUCUCUAGCGCUCAACAAAGCCUUAGCCAUUGCGUACGGCUUUGAUCUCAUGCAGCCGCCCGUCCCAGUGACCUCGAACAAUUUGCCAACUUCCAAGAUCGCCAAGCAAGUCGAACAGCGCUACAUCGACCUGUGGCCCAUCCAAAUCGCUAGCCCAGAUGCGGACGAGAGCCACGCUUGGGACACGUACACCAUGGUCUUGCAUCUCGGCACCAUCCUCAGCUUUACCAGCAGCUGGAAGUCGCACAAGCUGCGCGUCUCCGUUUUUGUCGAACACGCCAGCGAGAUCGAGGAGGAGAGAAAACGUAUCCGUGCGUUGCUUGACAAUCUGCGAAUUCCGGCCUCGCUGCGCGUCUUUUGCCUCGCCGAUCAGAGCGUCACCACCUAUCGAACAAUCGUUCACGGGAGCAGCGUUGCAGCCGUUGAGGUCGACGAAGCUCUGCGCGGUGAUCCGUGGUGGGAGACGCUCAAGGAGCUCCGUCGCAACGACGAACGUCGUGCACGCGCUGCUGCCAAACGCAAGUCGCAGGCCUUGUCGCCGGCCAAAGCCAUUCCGGCCACAGGUCAAGCCGUAGGCGCAGUCGGUGACGUAGCACGCAAGCAGUCGAAGCGUGAGCAAAAGCUGUUCGGCGUCAGUCUGCCUGCCGAGCAUCUCGCAUUCCACAAACAAAAUAUCCGCCUGGGUCUCGCUCAUCCUCGCGCUCGUCGGGAUGAUGGCGAAGAUGGAUCUUCGGACUCGGACUCGGACAUUGAAGAUGAGCUGGCGAUGCUAUCCGAAGAUGACGAUUGGCUUGUCGACGGACCUACUAGACGCGGCCUUGCCGUUCGCAGAGCUUCGACAUUGGAACCCACGAGCUACUCGAGCAAGACGCGCAAUCACCGACCAAGGGCCUACUCAAUCGGUGGCUCUGCCGGCCUUCCCGACGAUCCGGUGACGACGGCGAGCAGGCCAUUGCUAGAGUCGAACGUCUCAUCGCAGUUGGCGCCAGGUUCAAUUGCUACCAGUUAUGGAACGCUCAGCUCGAGCCAGAGGACGGCAACGCCGGCCACAGUGCGAGCUGCUUCUAAUGGAAGCUCUGCUACGCUGCUUGGUACGUCGUAUGCUUCGACCGACUCGAGCACGACCCCUCGUGCCUCGGUGCCAUACGCUGAAGGGCUUGCCACGCCCACCCCUCUGCAAGGCGGAUUUCAGGACGAAGACGAGAACGCUUCGACGCUUAAAGCGUCCGAGCGGCAAAAGAUGCAAGCCGAGCUCAAACGCAAUGUGCAGGACACCGCUAGCAAGGAUGCCAAUCUGGCAUCGCCGUCCGACGCCAUCGCGCCGAGACCCAAGCUGAAAAGUGAUAAACGCAAAUCGUCGUACGCCAGCUCACUGGCUUCUUCGGAUGCGGCGGACAGUGCCUCGAGCAGCUCGUCUUCUGGCGCCGAGUAUGAUGCCAAAGGUCGAUUGGUUGCUGGCAAGAAUGGCAAAGUUCGCAGAGCGUCGGCUUCUCGUCACGGCAAAUCUCGGUCGGAAGAUGCGAAUGCUCGUCGGCGCUCGUCGUGCUCUACGUCGCCGUCACCGGUUUAUAUGCAUCGGAUGCGAGCUCCACCUGGAGAAAACACGCCUAGUCGCGCCGCCAGCAUCUAUUCCACGGAUCUACCCGUGGUUUCGUUCAACGAGCUGCCGAACAAGGCACAGUACCUCAUCUUGAACGAGCUCAUCAGGAUCAAUAGUUCAGCUAGUACGGGUGUAGUGCUCACCGCGCUGCCGGCACCGGAGCCCGGAACAAGUCUGGAUGAGCUCAAGUCGUUGAGGUACCUCGAACAGUUGGAGAGCCUCUUUAAUGGAGGGCCCCCAAUCAUGGGUGUUCAUGCAAAGACAUUGACGAUGACGAUGAGUCUGUAG